AUGGGGGGCGCCUGGAGCACGGAAGGGAGGGUUGCACAAUCUCUUAUUUUGGCGAAAAAGAAAGAAAAGAGAAGGACAGGAAACGAGCCGGGGCUCGAAGCGCGGCGCUCGAAGGCACGGAUCACCCGCAACGCUCUCAGCGCGACAGAGGGUGUGGUGGCCUUCUCCGUGGCAGCUGCACAGCAGCUGGGCUCCGUCGUCUCGGACGUGGCCCAGGCGGCCGGAAGCUUCACCAGCAAGCUGAUGGGCCUUGGCGUCUUCCUCGCUCAGGAGUCUCAGGUCUGGGCCGAAAGGGGAAGCCAGGGCCUGGAAACCUUGAAGGCCUUCGUCGAUGAUGGCGGAGGAGACUCCGAAGAGAAGAGCCUCAAGGACUUCAAGCAGGCAUGGGCCGAGAAGCGUGCAAAGGCCACCAAGAGCUUGGAGGAGCUGAGACAGGCCAGGAAGGACCUGGAGGAGGCCCUGGCGAAGGAGCGUGAAGACUCGGACUCGGAGAACUGA